UAUUUACGAAUGGUAUGCCAUAAUUAUAUCAGACCACGCUCAACACAGGUAAACAAAUAUGACAACUGCGGAACGGUACAAAAGCCGGAGUAAACAGUUAGACGCUACAAGCAAAGUGUUACACGAAAAAUGGACGCCACAAAACAUGAACCCCAAAUAAUUGAGUCCACAGCUUAUUGUCGCCUAUGCCUUAAAACAGAUUCCAUCGAGCUUAUAGUACAGUCCCCGGAAGAGGGCAAUGAAUCCCUACUCAACAUCAUCAGUGUUUGUUUGGGGAUAUGGCUUACCGUGACAGAUGAUUUUCCAUUUGGGGUUUGCCAUUCUUGCUCGGUAUCGUUGGAGGCAAUCCGACAAUUUCGGUACAAUUGCCAGCAGUGCGAUUUGUAUUUGAGAAAUCAACGUUCGGCCGUUGAGGUUCCUCGUAUGGCAAGCGCGGAAACCACUUCGGAUGCCCCCGUUGAAAAAAUGCCUUGCGUCGAGAAUGAUUAUCAUUUGCAACCACCUCCUGAUGGAGGGUCACAACAGGAGCUGACACUCGAGCAGUCGACAAUGGGUAUUAGUGAAGCAAACGGAGGCGAAUUGAAUCAACUACAGGUUCAGUAUUUUGAACAAGUACCCGAAGCUCCGACGGAACAAGCGGUUCCUCUCAAAAAAUUCGACUGCCCUGAGUGUGGCAAACAGUUAUACAGUUCCCGGAUGUUAGCCCAACAUGUCGUCCGAGAGCAUCGACUGUGUCACGGAUGUCGUAUGUGCGGAAUGGCAUACAAUAGCCAACAAAAGUUGGAUUCACACGCAGCAACAUGUACCGGCCGGCCGUCCAGGUUCAUAUGUGACCAGUGCCCGAGUGCGAAAGUUUUCUCGACGGCGGGUAGCCUUUCGAUGCAUCUGUAUUACGCGCACGAUAGUCUCAAGUCGGUGGUUUACCGCUGCGAAGCAUGUAAGAAAAAUUUCAAAAACAGGACUGGCCUCAAGUAUCAUUACAAUGCACGCCACGGUUGCACGAUGGUUGAGUGCGAGAUUUGCCGUAGGCCUUUCCCAACGGAGGAGAGUUUAUAUUAUCACAAACAAGCGGAACAUUAACAGGUUUAGAGCAUAGCGUUAGUUGUUAGUUAUAUAGGUCCAACAGAUUGAGAGUUAACUCGAGUUAAUAAAGAUACUGGAAAUAACUUGGGGUUGCUCUCAGUUAUAUUUUA